AUGGCCACCGUCACCAAAAGAACCCACGCGUGGAUUGUAUGUUCAACGUCUUUACCGCAAACUCCCACCCCCGGCUUACACUCAUUUCUCUUUUUUAGAUCCCCGAAACGUAAAGAAAAAGAUUCCAAAAAGUCAUCCAAACGGCGACGGUAUGACUCAGAUACCGAUACUGAUUCUUCGGAAGAAGAGCGACGGAGGAGAGAGAAAAAGGAAAGGAAACGGCGGAAAGAAAAAGAGAGGGAAUCUAAGCGAGACAGCAAAAGACGUCGGUCUCGAAGCAGGCAUAAAAGUUAUGAUGACGAAGAUGAACGAGAGGGAAGGCGUAGCCGCCGGUCCAAAAGCCGCAAAAGAAGUACCAGUCGUAACCCGUCCCCUCCUCCUAAAUCUGCUAGUCGUACACGAAGUCAGACGCCUAUGGACGAUGACGAUGACGAUUGGGUGGUCAAACCUACUGCCGAUCCUACAAGCUCUGCCUCCAUGUUACCCCCUCCUGUCCCGUCCCCUUCUCAUGUGGAUGCGGACGAUUCUGACGAUGAAGUUGGUCCAAAGCCAGCACAAAAAGCAAUCGCAAAGAAAGUGGAUGAACGGUCCUAUGGCGGGGCUCUUCUUCGCGGAGAAGGGAGUGCCAUGGCUGCUUUCCUUCAAGAUGGCGACACUGACGCUCGCAUUCCUCGUCGUGGUGAAAUUGGAUUAACUCCUGACCAAAUUGCCGACUACGAGGGUGUGGGAUAUGUUAUGAGCGGUAGUCGACACCGCAGAAUGAAUGCUGUGCGGAUGAGGAAGGAAAACCAGGUCAUCAGUGCAGAGGAGAAACGAGGUAUUCUGAAGUUACAGAGAGAGGAGAGAGAAAGGAGGGAGUCCAUAUUGAGGGAAGAGUUCCAGGAAUUGGUGAAAGAGAGUCUGAAGAGCGGGGACAAAUAA